AGUGGACUUUGUAGAAUGGGGCCCCCAAGAGACGCCCCAGAGGCUGGCCAGGCGGUCGAAAGGCCACGGACACUCGUGAUCAUUCUCCUCAGAGUCAUCUUGGGACUCGUGGCCGUCAGCCUGGUCCUGCCGUCGCAGACAGUCGCCGACCACCUCCACAGCCACCACCUGGAUUUCGACCCAGAAAACGCCACCGCAACCAUCAUUGUCAUCAACGGAUCCUCACCCAAUGGUACCAAUAAUGAAACGCACAAGGAUCCCCUGUUUCCUGAAGACCUCUUCACAUUGGAGCAACGUCGAAAUGGUGCUGUUAUCUUUCACAUAGUUGGUGUCAUCUACAUGUUUGUCGCUCUCGCGAUAGUCUGCGACGAGUUCUUUGUGCCUUCACUGGAUGUCAUCAUCGAAAAGCUGGGCAUCGCCGACGACGUGGCCGGCGCUACGUUCAUGGCGGCGGGAGGCAGUGCUCCUGAACUAUUCACCAGUGUCAUUGGUGUGUUUGUGUCGUUCGAUGAUGUGGGCAUCGGUACAAUUGUCGGUAGUGCGGUGUUCAACAUAUUAUUCGUAAUCGGCAUGUGUGCAUUAUUCUCAAAGACGAUACUCACCCUCACAUGGUGGCCCCUCUUCCGCGAUUGCACCUUCUACAGUACCAGUCUCAUCAUUCUCAUAUGGUUUUUUCGUGAUAACGUCAUCGAAUGGUGGGAAGCGCUCAUCCUGUUCCUGGUCUACGCCGCCUACGUGAGCUUCAUGAAGUGGAACCAGCAGGUGGAGCGGUGCGUGAAAAAGUUUAUCUACAAGAACAAGGUGACCAGAGUACGAAGCACUGAUCAACUAAUGCCUGCAAAUAAUCAGACAUUUGAACUGCAGGGCAAUGCGGCCAAUUCAUCUGAAACGUCAAUGGCAACCCAGCCUGGAGGUUCUGUAACUUCUAGGGCUGCGUCCGAAAGUCGAUCUGGGCCACCUGGAUCGAGUAGCGGAGCAACUGGCACCAGCGCUGGCACGAGUACAGUGACAGGCGCCAAAUUCCGCCACGGACUGUUGCAAUUGAUGAUACACACCAUUGAUCCACUUCAUGAUGGCAAAGUGGAUGAGAAAGCAACACAAUUGCAUGCCAUUGCCUCCCUUAAAGUGCUUCUGGACGCCACGAAACCACAAAGAGGAGCUGCCACCUCCACAGCCGCAAAUCACGUUAAGAUUAACCUAAAAGAAACGACAUUAGCUAGCGAUCGUCCUAAUGGAAAUAUAGAUACGCGACUCGAUUCGGGUUAUCUAUUACAACAGGGAAAUGAGAUUGAGGAGGAGCCAGAGGCGCUCAGUAUGUCGUGGCCUAGUACAGGGAAAAAGCGGAUAACAUAUUUGCUGGUGGCCCCUAUCGUCUUUCCACUGUGGCUCACACUCCCCGACACGAGAACACCGCGAGGGAAGAGGUUCUUCCCGGUGACCUUCAUCGGCUCAAUUCUCUGGAUUGCUGCCUACUCCUACCUCAUGGUAUGGUGGGCCAACAUCGCCGGAGACACUGCCCGCAUCCCACCCGAGGUGAUGGGACUGACCUUCCUAGCGGCUGGCACCUCAAUUCCGGAUCUCAUCACUUCAGUGAUUGUGGCCCGAAAGGGAUUCGGCGACAUGGCCGUCUCCAGCUCCGUCGGCAGCAACAUCUUCGACGUGACCGUCGGAUUGCCAGUUCCGUGGCUGCUGUACGCCAUAAUUUAUGGAGAGCCGGUCAAAGUGAAUUCGGUCGGAAUGGUUUGUUCAAUUACGAUUUUAUUUAUGAUGUUAUUAUUUGUCAUCCUGUCGAUUGCCUGCUUCCGCUGGCGAAUGAACAAGGGUCUCGGCCUAACCAUGUUCUUGCUGUACUUUGUCUUCGUCGCCGUGUCACUCAUGUUCGAGUAUGAUGUCAUUGAGUGCCCGUUCUAAGUUCCAGUCUCGCGUGCAUCUCUCAAGCAGCAUCCGAAAGAGAUUAAAGCGUACAAGAGUGGUAACUCACGUCUGCAGAAGAGUUAUACACGAAUCGAUGGGAAUACAAUAAAGCUGGGGAGCAUUCUCGGCAGAGAGCAUCGGUGAUUGCGAGAGAAUGACCCAGAAACAGUGAAUUCUUGCGUGAAAGUGUUACCAGCAGACUGCAUAGUGUGCUAUAGACGACAUUUUACACCCCAAGUCAGGCGAGGGAGAACAAAUUUCCGCGUAACAUAGCCGUAAAAGAAUCUAGACAAAUUGUUUUAUAAUGUCAUAAGUGGAGAAGGAGAAUGAACAUCACCACAUGAGUCCCACAUUCGAAGAAGCAAAACAAUUCCUACGAAGCUGAAUGCAUAACAUAUAAAAACGAAAUCCCCAUUGAGAAAUGGCCACCAGAUCAGCUUCAAAUUCUAUUCAAGUGUAUGCGAAAAAUAUUGAAAAUAUAACUGUCAAAAAAAUUGCUGCAGCAAGAAAAAAAAAACGUUUCUAUUCAAUAAAUGAAAUCAUACUUAGUGAAGGACAAAGAAUAUUUAUAUAAAGUCAUAUUGUCAACAUGGCAAAGAAAAAAACGUAGUCGAAUUAGCAAAGAUUUUCUUAUAUUAAAAAUAAAAGACAAAAAAGAAGUUAAAUUAUUGAAUUCCACCAUUCUUCGAAAUAUUCUUCCUCUUAUUCUCUAUAUAAUGAAAAAUAUUGCUAUAUUAUAUUAAAAGAAUUUUAAAAAUGAGAAAACUCAACCUUUUAAGAUGAAAAAAAAAUCUUAUUGAGAACACAAAUUGCGACACUAUAGCGGCACUUUACUUGUGAUUUACUAACUUGUCUCUAUUACAAAACAUAUUUCAUAAGCGAGUGAAUUGGUGUAGGAGCGAGAAUAGAGAAAUGAGAAUGUAUCAAUUUUGUAUAUCAUGAUUAAUAUUUCAGGAGCAGUAAAUGAGAAAAAUCCUCUAUUAUUCAUUUUAUUUCCACAUAUAUAAUACACUAUGCUUCAAUUUAUUAUUAUCCCCUUCAGAUAUUACUUGCAACUUACAACUGCCGAACAGUGAGCCGCAAAACUAAGCAUUACCCAAUUUGUGACAUAGAUAUGGGGAAAGAAACCAGAGAAAUAUUUGUGUUUCACAACACUCAAAAGCUCUUGCUUGGCGAAAAAUAAAUUCUGCAAUGACGUAAAUAAAAUUGAUAACGAAAGAAUUGAAGAAUAUAAUUUUUAAAUAUUUGCCUUACUUGUGCAAAAUUUUGCGGCCCACUGUAUCUCUUGAGAGCUGACAUAUCUUCUUCACUUCUGUCUACAUAUAUUUGCGCUCGGUGAAAAAUGAGAAAUGUACGUUUAUUGAAAAUUGGCGCCACAUGGAAAUGCUGCGAAAAGUUUUCCUGAUAAGCAAUGGCAUCUCCGUCGGCAUCUCUUAUCUGCCGCUACUCAAUUUGUCAUUGAUAAGCAGAAAGCGAGCGAGAAGAGCAAAUAGAUAUUAAAAAGUACAAAUAAAUUUUCCUUCAAUUUUAUUUACAGAUGCCAUUUUGCGCGUUUGAGAUGCGAAUCGAUUUAGUUUUCUCCAUUUGUGUUCAGUGGCACAUGAAAUACACUCCCGAUUGCUGCCUCAGAUGGGAGAAUUGAUUGGGUUUCCACUGGGAUGAUGAAUAAUUGGAAAAUUCUUUCUCAUUGAGCGGAUAAAAGUGCAACAAAAGACAUAUUGAAAUCCUUUCCAAUUAGAAUCCCUUCUUGAAAUCUCUGUACCUAUUUGCAUUUCUGCUAAAGACAUUUUGUCACUCACAACUGAAUUUCUCUCUUAUAUCUUUCAUUACAGUCGUGACUCGCUUGAGUCCAUAGAAAUUGAAUAUUAAAAUUACGUUAAUGGUUUGAGACAGAAAUUUUUCACGAUAUUUAUUAUUGGAUAAAAAGAUGAAAAGACAAAAAUAAAGAAUAAAAAUCCAAAGCAAUAAGCAAUAUUUGUAGAUGUUACUGAUUACAGAGAACAAGUUCGUAAUUUUUCAAAAUUCAUUUAAUUCAUAGUAAGGAUGCAAGUUUUCAAAUAACAAGUGAAAGAAAUUAAUUGCAUUGAAGUGUAAAUAUUGAAGAUUGUAUAGUUAAAUGUUUAACUUUGGUAUUAACAAAAAGAAAUAAUGAUGAGAAAUCUUGUAACCCCGAAGAUGAAAAUGUUUUAUGAUAAAUAUUAUAGAUGAGAGUGAGAAAGGAGAUUACUAUAUAUCGUUGCAGUCAUUUUUCCACAUUUUUGUCACCCAAAUUCACGCAUUGAUAAGUUUAUUCUCAAGUAAAGAAGAAGAAAUUCUCAGAAUUUUGCCACUGAUAUACAAAAGAUGGAAAAUAAUAUAGUUAACAAAAACAUGUCAUUCGUUACAUUGAAGUCAUUCGCGUUAUAUUUUAAAUUAUAUAUAGCGUUAUAUAUAAAUAUAUUGCAUUAAAUGGCAUAAAAAGAACUGUACUUGAAACAAAAUUGAAUGUAAGAUUAUUUGUAGAGCGACGAAGAAGAGUUGCAGAAAGACACAACUUAAAAGAUGACAUGGCAAGUCAAAAAGUCAGUAAAUCUUACUAUAGAGGAGUUUAAUAUUUGACAAACACAGAUAGUUACAGACAGAAAGAGAGAGAAAGAAAAACACAUCCUUUUUAUAUAAAUGAAUUAAUAAAAUAUAUAAAGGAUAGUUGUUAUACGCUUCUAGGAUGUAAGUUCAAUAUACACUCAUAUAAAUUACAUAAAAGGAACAACCAGAAGAGAUUUUGUUUAGAAAUUAUCUUUGCAAAAUAUAUUUUUCUAAAGCUUUUAGGCUCUUGUUUGGACUUUUGUUGCCAAUGAUAUGUGUAUUUACGAAACAAAUUGGAUUUCCAGAGGGCAAUUACAAUGUUUGUUGACAAAUUCGCAUUCAUUAUUAGAAAUAAAUGAAGUAUAACAGAACUUGAGGUCUUCCCACCCCAAAAAGAAACUUUCGUUCAGAGUUACAAUGAUUUUCGUGGUUAAUAGAACGGCUUCAGCCCUCAUAUAGAUAUGUAUGUAUAUUUUUCCUAUAUAACGAAGUUUCAAAAAAGAUAAUUCCACAAAUUAUGAAACGUCUCUCACAUAUACACGAUUCACUGAUACAAUGUUAUGAAAAAAAGGAGGAAGAAGAAAGUCCAUAAUAUAGGAAAACAUGUAAUUAAAUGAUAGGUGACAUUAUAUACAGAGAUGAGAAAUUGUAAAAUUCAAUAUAUAUGUAUUUAAAAAGAAGAUGAAAUAAAAAUAUAAAGAAUUACUUAUGUUGCUCUGCCUUAAAAGCCAUACACAAAAAAUUGUUGAAAUGAAGAAUUAAUUGACUAGAGAUGAUGGAAAAGUGGGAAAAUAUUGAGAGAUGAAGUAGUAAAAAGAAAGCUGGAACGUUUUAAAAGUGAGAAGAGAAGGGAAACAUAUGUAUGUUAUUUAAAUAUUAGAUGAGCAGAAUGGGAUGAAACUGUUUAUUUAAAAUAAAACGAUGAAUGAAGAAAUAGUGAAAUAGACAACUUGAAAAAUCCUUAUAUACAAGAUGAAAGAUUGUAUAUAUAUUAAAAAAAUUGUUAUGACCAAAAAGUGUAUAAAUUGAUUUUUUAUCAUAAUAAAUUGUAGCGAUGAGUAUUUAUUACCACGAUUUUGAAAUGAUAUGAGCAAAUGAGAACAUAGACGAAAGUUGUAACAUGAAAUAGUGGAAUAUUAUCAACACAAUAAGCAACAAGUUAGUCUAAUUUUUAGACGAUAUUUAACCAAAAUGGAAUGAGAAAACAAUUUUACCGAAAAAAAUCAUGAAAUUAUCUUCAAUUUUGCCAUUAUGAAAGUUUCAAAUGCAUUAAAUAUUAAAGGUGAAGAGAAAGACAAACCAAAACAGAGGAAAAUCAUGAUGAGAACAGUAGAAAACAACGAUUACUACAUUUAAAGAAAACAAAAGAGAGGGCAUACAAUUAAUAUGUGAAGGUAAGAAUUCUUCAUAUGAAAAAAAAAAAUUAUAUUGAAGAGAGAUGGAAAAAAAUAAUGUUAACUAGUUAUAUAGGUCAUUAAAUAGUAUGGUUAAAAAUGCGCGAAUUUGACUAGAGUGAUGGAAAAAUUGCUGGAAAAGAUUCACUAGAGAAGCAGAAAGGUGGAGGACAUUGUUUAAAAUAUUUUAAAAUGAAUCUGUCACAAGACAAAGAAGGAUAGGAAAUGCUUAAAGAUGUUCAUUUGAAUUUGAUCAAUUCAGUUAUGUUGCGAAAAACCCCUUUAUUUGUUGGUAUUUCUGCAUAAUUGACAAACAUUAGUUGAAAUCCUGGUUGAACAUCAGAAAAUAUAGGGACAAUUGCUGGGAAAGGGAAACGAGGUGUUUUGGAAGAAUUGUACAUAGAACAUCGUGGCAUUUUAUAAUUAUAAUAGAUAGUUCCUAUAAAUUAAUUGAGAAACUGAAAGAGAUUCUCAGACAAGAUUUUUACUGAUUUGCUCUCUUAAUCCCUCACUUCUGACAUGAAAAGAAACGUGUAAAGGAAUUUUUGAGAAAAAGACAUUUCUUCACCCUGUUAAAUGAUGCUCUGUGAUGAAUUUGAGAAAUAUUAUAUUAUUAAUUGUUGUAAACUCAAUUCUUACAAGUUUUCAAUUUACUGAUUUGUUCACCAUGUAAAUAAUUUCAAUUGGAGAGUUUGUGAUAUCGAAGUAAAAUGGAGAAAUAAUAUUUUAAAUGAAUAGUUAAAACAAUGAUUAUAGUUCAUGAAAGAGAAAUAAAGAAUUGAUAUUUAGUGAGAAUUGCCCAAAAAACAUUGUAAAAUGAUUAGUAAAGGAUUCUGUUAUCUUAAAAUCACUGUUAGUUGUGUAAAAAGAAAAAGAUUUUUUGAACUUUAAAAAAAGGUGAGUCCGAAAAUUUUCCAUUUCUCUGACAACUAACAAAUAUUGAAUACGCUUAGAAGAAGGAAUAUAUUUUGUUGGUGAAAACAGAUUCUCACGAUGAGGCAAAAAUUUAUUAUUAUUGAGAAAGAAGUCAUAAUAAAAACUGUCAAUUGCGAUCUUAUGAUUUAAUCCUCUCGCGAUAAAAACUGCAUUCUUGGCUUAUGAAAUUCCCUCGAUUUUUUUGAAUUCACUUUUAUAAACAUAUCGUCAAUUUUUCAAUGUGUGAAAAAUUCACAUAUCAGAAGAAAAUUAAUGGCAAGAAUUGUAACGUGUUUCAGCAUACAAAGUAUAGGAAAUGAAGGGAAGAGCGGAAUAUAAUCAAAUACCUAGCAAAAAGUGCGAAGACAAGACAGUCUAAAUGUUAAUAAUUUCACUAUAUGAUUGUUGAGAGGAAACGACGAGAGGAAACUUUUGCCCUUUCCUUAAUACUCUAAAGAAAAAUGGAAAACUCAAUUGUAAAUAAUUUAUCUGUACAAUAUUGUCACUAUCCUGUAAUGUUACUGAGAGAAGAGAGAUUAGAUUGAACAAUUUUCCUCGAGUUCUUUUAGGGAUAUAAUUGUGAGGUGAAUCCUCAGAAGUUUGCGCAUUAGAUCAAUUCUUGAGCUGAUUCCAGUUGUUUUCAUUUUAAUAGAAUUUGUUUUUGUCAAGCGUUUUGAUGUUUUUUCUCUCUCAAUUAGUUUUGAUGAUGUAGAGAACAAGACGUCGGCAUGUCCAAAAAUAGUUCAUUUUAAAAUAUUUUAUCAUGAAAAAUGAGAAGAAAAUACCUUAUAGAGUUACUAACGUUAAGGACAAGUAAAUACUACAUUAAAUGAAUUAACUGACAAAUAUAUAUGUAAAGAAUUAAUUUAUGCAGACAAUAUAAAACCAC